UUCUAAUCUUCGUGAUGAUUGUGUUCCUGUUGGUACAGGAUGCUCGAAACGUUCGGGGAUUACUAAUCAUCGGUUACUGCUUGUGUCAGGCAAUUGCGUACUUCUCUUUGGGAUCUGCUAAGGUGAUACCUCCGGACGCUGGUAACUACGCAUUACUAGGCUAUAUUUUUCAAUUCUUCUUGGUGAGCGCAUGCACGUGGUUCUGCUGUUUGAUGGCCGAAGGCCUCUACAAAGUAUUAAAAUUCAACCAAAACCAACCGGGAUGGCGUGUCUUGGUAACAUUCAUACUUUCAAUCUGCGUACCCAGCAUAUUCUUGAUGAUUUCCGUGCUCGUGGACAGAUUUGUGCCACCGAGAUUCUCGGAUCAGACAUUUGAAAGUGACUUCAGCUGGUUCACAACUGAUAAAAAGGUGGUGUUCUUCAUUGGACCACAGGCAUUGUCUUCGCUCAUCGGAUUGUCAAUUUGCGCUGUUGCGCAGAUUCUGAUCUGGUCUCUUAAUGCCAAUUCUACCGAUGAAUGGGAAUCAGAAAAGAAUGAAAUCAAGAACAUUGUACUAAGUAAUACAUUGCUUUGGACCUUAAACUCAUUUUGUUGCUUAAUAGAACUGGUAAGUUUUGUGGUGAAUAGACCUAAGCAAAUAGUUUGGAUGGUCGCCGACUUAAUAAAUGCAAUGCAAGGAAUAGUAUUUUUUAUAAUAUUAGUGUGCUUCAAACCCGUGAAAGGAAUCAUCCAAGGAAAGUUCAUAGACUUAAUUUUUAAUAAUCGGUCUUAAGGAUAUA